UGUUCCCGCAGAGAGGCGAGAAGAUGGCGGCCGUGUCAAGCGGAGGUGCUGCUGGGUCCACUGCGGCCGGGAUUACGCACUCAGCCCGACCGACCCACGCAGGCAUGGGCUCCCAGAACCGAGCCCAGCCAUCCUCCGGGAUCAACCACUCCAGUCGUACCAGCACGGCCACUGGGUGCAUCACCAAUCCUGGCCACACUUCGGCCACCAGGCCCCCCCCAGCCCGAGUGGGCUACUACGAAAUCGAGCGGACCAUCGGCAAGGGAAAUUUCGCGGUUGUUAAACUAGCCACACACAUCAUUACCAAAGCAAAGGUGGCUAUAAAAAUAGUGGAUAAGACCCAGCUGGAUGAUGAGAACCUGAAAAAGAUCUUCAGAGAGGUGCAAAUCAUGAAGUUGCUGAAGCACCCCCACAUCAUCCGCCUCUACCAGGUGAUGGAGACAGAGAGGAUGAUCUAUCUGGUAACAGAGUAUGCUAGUGGUGGAGAGAUAUUCGACCACUUGGUGGCUCAUGGGCGUAUGGCAGAAAAGGACGCCAGGAAGAAGUUCAAGCAGAUUGUUGCUGCAGUCCAUUUCUGUCACUGCCGCAACAUCGUCCACAGAGACCUGAAGGCUGAGAAUUUGCUGCUGGACCACAACCUCAACAUCAAAAUCGCAGAUUUUGGCUUCAGUAACCUGUUUUCUCGAGGCCAGCUGUUGAAGACAUGGUGUGGCAGUCCUCCCUAUGCUGCACCAGAACUCUUUGAGGGCAAGGAGUAUGAUGGACCUAAAGUAGAUAUAUGGAGCUUAGGUGUGGUGUUGUAUGUGUUGGUGUGCGGCGCCCUGCCUUUUGACGGCAGUACUCUACAAAAUUUGCGGGCACGUGUCCUCAGUGGCAAGUUCCGCAUCCCCUUCUUCAUGUCCACAGACUGUGAGUACUUGAUCAGACACAUGUUAGUGCUGGAGCCCAGCAAACGGUUGACCAUGGAGCAGAUCUGUAAGAACAAGUGGAUGAGACAAGGAGACCCAGACCCGGACUUCGACAGGUUGAUAACGGAGUGUGAACAGGUGAAGACUGAGAGAGAGACAGAGCUCAUCAUCGAGCAGGUGCUGAUAGCCAUGUCUGAGAUGGGCCUGGACAGAGAGCGCACACUUCAGUCUCUACAAACAGAUGCAUAUGAUCACUACAGUGCCAUCUACAGCCUGCUGGCUGACCGCCUCAAGAAACACAAGACCCUGCCUGUUGCCCCACCCACACCACGUUCCAUUAGCUAUCCUCUUAACGCUGUACAGCAGACGGAUCCGCAGGGUAAUCCCGUUAGCAUGACUGUUCCCCAUGUCCAGCUCAUCAACCCAGAGAACCAGAUUGUUGAGCCGGAUGGCAGCAUGGCGCUGGACAGUGAUGAAGGGGAGGAACCAUCUCCAGAGGCCAUGGCUCGCUACCUUUCGAUGAGGCGGCACACUGUGGGGGUACCAGACCAAAGGACAGAGAUGCAGGAGGACCUCCAGAAACUGCCACCGGGUUUCCCUCGCGGUGCAGUGCCCCAGCCCCCCUUCCCCUCGCUGGCCCCCACAAUGGGUCAAAUGCACACUCUCAUGCCCACACAGAGCUUGCAGCCCACACAGCAGCUGGAGUACAAGGAGCAGUCCUUGCUGCAGCCACCCACCUUGCAGCUGCUCAACGGCAUGGGGCCUCUUGGUCGAAGAGCUUCCGACGGUGGGGCCAACAUUCAGCUACCAGCUCAGCUUCUCAAGAGGCCCCGUGGGCCCUCACCACUUGUCGCCAGCCCGCACCCUAUCCCUGCGGUAGCUCCAGUGGAUGAAGAGGGUUCAGAUGGAGAGCCAGACCAAGAGGCAGUACAGAGGUACCUGGCGAACCGCUCCAAGCGGCACACGACGCACGCGCUCACGAGCACAUCGCAUGGCGAGCCCUCGGCAGAGUCACAGCGGCCCCAGGGCCCCCGCCAGAGGGGGGGCUGGGCCCCCGACACACACACCCGAUCCAGCUAUAAGGACUGUAACACCCUUCAUCUCCCCAUGGAGCGCUUCUCACCUGUCAGACGGUUCUCUGAUGGCGCCGCCACCAUCCAGGCCUUCAAGGCUCAUCUAGAAAACAGCAGCCUCAUUAAGCAACUCAAACAGGAAUGUGAGCAGCUCCAGAAAAUGUAUGCUGCCCAGCAGGAUGAGCGAUUCCUGGAGCACACCCAGCAACAGCAUGUCCUCUACCAGCAAGAGCAACAAAUCCUCCACCAGCAAAUCCAGGGUCUGUCUUUAGGUCAUGGAGAGAGCCAGCCCAGUCACCUAACCCACCAGCUCCAGAGGUUGCGUAUCCAGCCCUCCAGCCCUCCGCCAACACAUCCCAGCAACCACCUCUUCAGACAGCCCAACCAGAGCCCUCCGCCUGGCUCUGCAGGCAUAAUGCAAGGGCAUGGAGGUCCGUCGUCAGUACAGUACCAGCACGGUACUCCGGCGCUGUACCAGGGCCAGAGUGGCAGCCCACCUCCCACAGGCUUGCCACGAGUCUCUCUCCCACCCAAUCAACAAGCAGCAUCUGCGCGCCCCACCGUCCCAUUGGCACAGGGUGUACCUCAGCAACAGCAGGUGACCAUUCAGGUUCAGGAAGUGGAACUGGCAGGCGGGGCACAGAGACAGGGCAGCUUUUUGUCCACCCCAGGGGGACACAGAGUCCUCGGGAAGCAGCUGAGCGCAGACAACGCCGAGUCGCACAGUCGCAGCCUUGGCCGCUUCACAUUGGGCUACGACCAGGCUCAGUUCAAUCCCCACCUCUUCUCUGGUGACGCCGCCUCCCGGGGUGCCUCGGGAGUGGUCGGCUCCUAUAGCCCCUACCUGCAGGGAGCCUCGCUCAAAGUCCCUGGCCUGGAGGGUUACCAGAGCGGGGUGGUGGGGACCAGCAGCUACGGCACCCCCUCUACACUACAGCAGGCUCUGCUUUCCCCAACUCCUUUGGACUACCGUCCCCCACAGCAGCAUGUCACUCCCACCUUGCAGGGCCUCCUGUCCCCCCGCCACUCUUUAACAGGCCACGCCGACCCCAGGCUGCCCCCCCAAGACCUGGCUGCCCUGCUGAAGAGGCAGAGCCCCCGGCCGUGCCAAGCACCCCCAACACCCCCCAGCGGUGCACCCCAAGAAUAUGGAGAGAUGCUGCUUCUCCGCCAGCUGAGCCAGGGUGAGAGCUUGGAGCCGCCGACACCGCAGGGUGCCUCCGGAGGCCAACACUACCACCACCUCCUCCAGAUCCGGCCUCCGGAAGUACAGCCGCAGCAGCACCCGGCCCAGGCACCUUGCACCAGUUUACCUCACUCAGAGAGCAUGGAGGAGGAUGAGGUACCGACUGGCUACCACCACCCACACGAGGGCCUCCUGGCUAAGGCAGGUGAAGGUCAUGAGCUCCUGGGGCCUCCCCGAGGCGGCACCCCGCCCUACAGCUCCCCUACACACAGGCAUGGUGGCUACAUAAGGAGUGCUCCAGCCACUAGAGAAUCUGAGCAUGUGGAGUGCAGGCCCCCAGGGCAAGCCAUGGAGGUGCCUGAUCAUAACGGUGUGGGCUAUUCACGAGGUCCACAGGGUGACGCCUAUAGGUCCCGUGGACAGCUACAGCGCCACCACACCAUCCAGACCUGUGACGAUGCCUAUGAUCAGGCAGAUCCCAUGUCUGGGAUGAGCCUGUUAGCUGGGAAGGCACUGAGCUCUGCUCGCAUGUCAGAUAUUCUCAGCCAGACGUCACUGACAGGAAGCCAGCAGCUGCACCAGCGGGAAGAGUCCGUGUGUGAUGUCGAAGGGGAGGUCCAUGCGACAGCCUGUUACCCCUCCUCCUGCACCAGUGACAUGCUCCUCAGCUACAAGCCCCCUGACCUGCAGUACAGUAUGGAGCAGGCUGGGGUUUAGCACAGGACGGGGUGUAUCCUGUGUACAGCAGUCCAUAUCAGCCAUCCUGAGUUGUGUUGACUUGAGUUGAGCAGCAUCAUGCCAAACCACCAUCGUCUGCCCAAGCGGGGGCGCUCUACGUCCAUCUAUCUGUCUCCAUCUGUCCCUGGGAGGGCAGUUUGUGCGAGCGAGGGGUGCACUGUGGGUGGGUGUAGACGAUAGGGGGGUGGGGGUCACAGGUGGGGCUGCGGGAUUCAAAAGUCAAAGUGCCAGCAUUUUCUGCACAGACAUCCAGCAUUCGUUGCCGCCGGUUGUCUUCUUUUCACCUCCCACCGUGAUUAGAUUGGGGUUCCACCCUCCCUCCCUCGACUCGACCCCCCGCCCUCCACACCCACCUGCUGCCCUCACCUCAUCCUCCCCUUUCACCCUUCAUCUUCUAAAACUGUUGGCAUACUUCAUUAUGUGCCUCAUAGGCCAAUGCAUCGAUACAGUCACACUUGCAGGAACGUAGAGUCCAACAACACAAAGAAACAAACACACUGCUGCCACAAACCCAAAGUAUUCACAUUAGGGGUGUGCGUGCAUGCGUGCACGUGCGUGUGAGUGACUGAGAAGAAGAGGUGAGCGGAGGGGAAAGGUGUCCGUGAGGUUCAGCUUGCUCCACCGUCUCCCCUCCCCCCCUGCUGUCCCGCAGCAGAUCAUUCCGGAGCGGGCUGAAGCCUCAGUGGUGGUGGCCCCCUUUUUCGGCCGGGCGGCGGGUGUUUUGGAUCAGGCUCCAACUGGGCAACAAAACCGGUCUCUCCAAAGAUGGAGCUAAGUGACAUCGCACAGGACAAACCAGCUCUCUCAUUGUUUUUUUUGUUUUUUUUCGUUCUGGCAUUCUUUUUUAUUUUAUUAUUCAUUUUUACGGCUAAUGUCCAUGUAGGCAUUAUGGUCAAUAUUGUUACUCUUAUUGUUAUUACUGUUUUCUGUAAAAGAGGUUUUAUUAUAAUGAAUAUUGUUAUUAUUAUCAUUAUUAUUAUGAAAGGAAAAACAGUUCUGUGUUGCAAGGAAGACAACAUUGUUCUUUGGUUACUUAAGUAAUUCUGCACUUUCAGUUCAGCUAUUCUCUCUGUCUGUUUCCACCCCUCCUCGCAGUCCCUCUCUCAUGCUGUUACCCUGCUUUUCUAAUCCACCCUCCCCGCCUCAUGCAGCCCUAACUUUCCCCUCCUUGUGUUGCCCCUUUUCUCCAUCCUCCUUCCCUCUCUCCCGUGUCAGUGACAGUGUAUUGCAUUGUGGGUAGUUUUACCAGACAUUUGCUCCUUUCCUUGUACAGUGAUGCCAUGUAUAGAGCGCUAUUGCAAUUUCUGUAUCAAAUCUCUUCUUUUUUGUUACUUUUUUUUGUUGUUUUUAGAUGUUGCUGGGGAGGCUUUUUUUAUAUUGGUAUUGUUUAUCAUUUGUAUUUUUGGAUGUCUUCAAAAUGUUUUCUUUUUUGUUUGUUUUUGUUUUAUGAAUCUUGAGAUUUCUAGCCAAAAGAGGACAGAGAGAAGAGAGACAGUGCUCUUUCUGUGUCGUAAAGAAGAUUGUUCUUAUUUGUUUUAAUAUUAUUAUAUCGAGACACUUGAAUAAGAGGAGAGUAAUUAUUUUGUGUUGCUUUUUAAAGUAUCAUUUCAAUCGAUGUUGUUGUGACUGUCAUUCUUGUUGAUGUUGGGCCUGUUCUCUGUUAAUGGGGUAGUUGUGGCAGGCUAUACAUGGUCAGGCUUUGGGCUUUGUCUGGGUUGGUUCGGGUGCUACAGAGACUCUUUAAAGAAAAAAAAAGACAAAAAAUGAGGAAUAACUUGUAAAAUAGCUGACAUAUCAUCAUAAACAUCACAAGUGUGGAGACGGACAAACCCACUUCUUUCUCUCUCUCUUGCUGCCCUGCCUAUCUGCUGUGAUCCUCCCACCAUCUUUUACUACAUCGGCUUCUGAUCGGAUGACGCCUUAUGGACAUGGCUCCUCCUCCCAAACUAAUCUUGUCACUAUGGCAACCAAGGAGGAAACUACAACUACUAUUACCCAAACCCCCCUCUCCUCUUUUACUUUUCUUCAAGAUAUUUCCUUUCGGCCUUGCUUUGUUCUCCCUCCCAAGCUUGGAAGGGAAGAUCGGAGGCUGUGUUCGAUGCACAGUUAGUGAAUUUUGUAGUUGGAUACACCUGGACGCACCUCCAAACAUAAAAGGGAAACAUUUCAGGAGGUGACCAUAGGAAUGAACUGUUUGAAUUGGACUUCCACGUCAGAGGAAUUACAAGAUUGUGGGCAGAGCGGGGCCAAAUGUGCCCACCUUUAACACUUCUACAGAGGUCUGUGCCCAAAGCCGAGCUCAAGCACAGCCAGAUGGAGAUUACAGCACACUGGGGAACACAGCAGAAGAUUGAACAACCCCCUCCCAACACCACCACCUUUUUUCCUUCUCCCUUUCUUUUAAUUUUAUCUUAUCAUUUGACCUCUGUUCAUCUUCUCAUUACACAAUACCCUUGGAUAUAGAGCCCAAUAAGGCCAACAAGAGACUGGUGCAAAGAAAAAAGCUCCACUUGUAUGUGUUUAUACUGGCCAGAUUUCACAGUACCUGGCUGCAGGUUGACUUUAUAUAUCUGAGAGCUGUAGGUGGUGUCAUGCAGCGCCUGUGCUUUCCAUUUGCACCAUGUCACUUCCUGUUUACCAACAUGCAUGCCCGCGGGCAGCAGGUGGAAUUAGCUUUAGCUGUGAAUCUGAAUCUUUAAAACAAUAGUGCAGUGCAGGAGUGAACAGUAAAGUGGGAUGGAUUUAUGAAGUUAACUGUGUCUUCUGUUUCUUGCCAAACUGAGUCAGCAUGUAAUCAGGCUAAAGAAGCUUGUUUUCAUUCCAUUCAGCUCUCAUUCAUUCCUGUUUCAGAUCUGCCCUCCUGUUUUCUCUCAUUGUUUACACCAAGCCAAAACUGAGAUCUGGAUGAGAGAAACGGAGAGGUACUGUCAGGAAUCGGAGAGGAAAUGGAUUUGAUGGAAGGCAUUGCGUGUCUCUUGUCCCAUGGCAGGAUAGAAAUUCUAAAAUUAAGACCAGAAGGCUCCACUUUGUCUAAUAUCGUGAUGGAGGGGAAGAGCAGAGGCACACAGGAAGGGGCAGCUCGAGUGAAUGGAAAGCACUGCAGAUGAUUCACAGGUAAUGGGGAGGAGAGCGCUGUUUCACACACAUCUUCUGCCUGAUCAGACUGACCCUUGUUCCCCUCCUUUUAUCUUUCUGAACUCUUCCAUUUUCUCCCACCUUAUAUUUCCAUCCCGGCCUCCCUGCUCAGCAAAGCCAGCUCUCUGCUCUACUCCUGUUUCUUAGGUUCUUUUUGUUUUCUAUUGGUUCAUUUUGUCUUUUUUUUUUAUAUUUUAUUUUAUUUUAUUUUUGUUUUUAUGUUCAUUUCUGUUGAGUACAAAAAUACUAAAGUGCAACAACAAUGAUUAAAAAGAAUAUCAACCAAACUGAGAUGAAUAAAUAAAUAUAUAU